AGAUGGGGCGGGCGACCUGCUGAAACAGCCUGAGCGCUCCAAGCAGAGAGAAGAGGAGCAAUCUAUGGAGGCGAGAGGCCAAAGGAGCAAAAGCCGCCGUUGCCUGUCCCCCAUAUCGCGCGGCGGUGACUCGGGAGGUUUCCGGGUAGAGCUACAAGGAACGGAGCUUUGGAAAAGGUUCCAUGAAAUUGGAACAGAGAUGAUCAUCACUAAAGCUGGCAGGCGCAUGUUUCCCGCCGUACGGGUGAAAAUCAAAGGCCUGGAACCGGCCAAGCAAUAUUACAUCGCCAUGGACAUUAUCCCCGUGGAUUCUAAGAGAUACAGGUACGUGUAUCACAGCUCCCAGUGGAUGGUGGCCGGAAACACGGAACAGUCUCAGCUAACACCCCGCCUCUACGUGCACCCUGACUCACCAGCUUCAGGGGAGUCCUGGAUGAAGCAAGUCGUCAGCUUCGACCGGGUAAAACUCACUAACAAUGAUAUGGACGAGAAGGGACAUAUUAUCCUCCAAUCCAUGCACAAGUACCGACCACGAAUUCAUGUGAUAGUGAAAGAGGCGGAUGAACACAUCUCUGUGAAUCAGAGCCUCCCAGCUAAUGGAGUCCACACAUUCAUUUUCCCAGAGACUGAAUUUACAACUGUCACAGCUUACCAGAACCAGCAGAUUACAAGGUUGAAGAUUGACCGAAAUCCUUUCGCCAAAGGUUUCAGGGAUCCCGGGAGAAACAGGGUUAGUCUGGAACGAGUGAUGGACAGUUAUCCCUGGAGACCUGUCGACUGUAGACCGUCCCUAGACUUCCAAAACUUUAACAUUCAAAAGCCAGUCAUUCACACCACACAAGCUACAACAAGCUUCUGUCAAGCAGACAUCCACCAAGCUCCACAGAAUCAUUUUUCAAGCUGCUAAAUGGUCCCUAUGCAGCUAGACCUGC